CCGUGAUUGCGCCGGAGGUUUCGCGCAUCUGUGCAGAGAUGGACAAGAGUCACGGGGACGCGUCGGACCAAUUUCCCGAAAUUAUUGAGCUCAAUGUCGGAGGGCAAGUUUACGUUACGCGACACUCAACUUUACUCUCCGUGCCAAAUUCUCUACUUUGGACCAUGUUCAGUCAGAAAAAACCCACGGAACUUACAACGGACAGCAAAGGGCGCUUCUUUUUGGACAGGGACGGCUUUUUGUUCAGAUAUAUUUUGGAUUACUUACGGGACCAGACUCUGGGUUUGCCCGACUACUUCAAAGAGAAGGCGAGCCUUCUCAGAGAGGCAGAAUAUUUCCAACUUCAAGACCUGGCGAGACGCUUGAGACCGGCGGUUAGUAAGGAGAACUCUAUCAGCGAGGAGGUGUGUCACAGCUACCCGGAGGAGACUGCGCUCUCCAGCACGGUCGCCGGUAGCAGUAUCUCCUGCACUAGCCCUCGCUCGCCGUCUGUAGACGCGAGGAAAAUCGGCUACAUAACAAUAGGUUACAGGGGGUCCUAUACCAUAGGACGAGACAUCCAACAGGAUGCCAAAUUUCGGCGGGUGGCGAGGAUCACAGUGUGCGGCAAAACGUCUCUGGCCAAAGAGGUUUUCGGGGAGACUCUGAAUGAAAGCAGAGACCCCGACAGACCCCCUGAGAGAUACACGUCUCGGUAUUACCUUAAGUAUAAUUUCCUGGAGCAAGCCUUCGACAGGCUGGCUGAGUUGGGCUUCCACAUGGUUGCUUGUAGCUCCACGGGCACCUGCGCGUACGCGAGUAGUGACCCCAACGAGGAUAAAAUCUGGACGAGUUACACCGAGUAUGUGUUUUGCAGGGAUUGAAGUGGACUCUGUGACUCUGUGACUGUGAAAGUGUAAUGCCAGACGUUACGCACCGCAUUAAUGUGUGGUUUUAUGCCACAAUGCCAACAUGUAAAUUCAAGUUAGGGACCUUUUAAAGUUGGACAGACGUUUUGUGCAUAGGUGUGUGUGUGUGUGUGUGUGUGUGUGUGUGGCGUGUAUUUAUCACUUUGUGGGGACCAAAUGUCCCCAUAAGGAUAGUAAAACCCGAAAUUUUUGACCUUGUGGGGACAUUUUGUCGGUCCCCAUGAGGAAAACAGCUUAUAAAUCAUACUAAAUUAUGUUUUUUGAAAAGGUAAAAAUGCAGAAAGUUUUCUGUGAGGGUUAGGUUUAGGGGUAGGGUUAGGUUUAGGGGAUAGAAUAUAAAGUUUGUACAGUAUAAAAACCAUUAUGUCUAUGGAAAGUCCCCAUAAAACAUGGAAACACAACGUGUGUGUGUGUGUGUGUGUGUGUGUGUGUGUGUGUGUGUGUGUGUGUGUGUGUGUGUGUGUGUGUGUGUGUGUG